AUGCGCAGCAGACAUGCUCUCUUCUCCCAAGCCUUCGCACUCCUUGCAAUCAACGCAUUUGCGCAGUCGAACAACAACUACACUUGCCCUUCCGGCAAUGGUACAGUGUAUAAAGAUACUACCAGCGAUGUUCUGUAUGUCACGAGAUGUGGCGAUGAGGCAUUGCCCAUCGAAGCUUUCUACCAAUUGGACGGGGUUGGCAGUGCAAAUGACUGUUGGGCCUGGUGUUCUAACAAUACGGCGUGUACUGGUUGGACAUUCAGAGAUGCUGGGACAUGCUAUUACAAAGGCGUGGCCGUCGAUGGAUCACCACCGGUAUUCGCCGCACGCAACAACCCGAGGUUGACUUCCGCAAUCAAACUGGCUAGCUACGCUCCCCAAGCGUCCUCGUAUACUUGUCCGUUCCCUCAAGACCGGACUGUCGUCAACGAUGCGAACACUGGUUUGCCCUACGUUAUGCGCUGCGGCUAUGACACCUAUGGAACUUCAUACGCAACCAAUAAUGCAACAUCCAGCUUCAACGACUGUUUCGCCCAGUGUACUAGCGAUUCCCGUUGUACUACUUUCACUUUCACUGGCGGGAAUAAUGCUGUAGGACCAGGAGUGUGCGUGCUCAAAUCAAGCAACCCGGCUUUCUGGUAUCAGCCGACUCCGUUCACCCCUACUAUUACGCGAAGGCGUGCUGCGGGAAUUCAACUGCAGGCCUACAAUGCGAGCAGUAAUGGUGAACCCUUCUUCCCUCCAGUAGAUACGACUGUCUACCCGCCAGCAGCCACCCAAAUCGCCACGCAGGUCAUUUUGGUUACGACGACAAUCCUGCAGCCAGUUCCGACUACGAUACUAUCCACAAUUUCGCGACUAACGACUAUAACAUCGAGUGUGACAGUGACCGCUACGAAUAUUGCGACUUUGCCAGAUUCUACCCGACGAAUCACUUCACUGCAGGUGGUACCCACGACCUUCGCUACUCUACAGGUUGUUACUAUUACCGUCACUACUCUCUCAACUCAAGCGAUCGUCACUGUAGUGCCUACGACGAUUAUCCAGGCGCUCCCUCGCGGUACUCAAAAUGUUUUGGCUACUAGGGUCAAUACUGCAACUACAGUUCGAAAUGCCGUGGUUACUGUCACUCCAGUGCGGUCCGCUCAACAGACGGUGACUGUCUACACUGAUUGA